UCAUCCCACCAAACCGAUCCUCACAUCACUAUGAACGAAAAAUACGUCUUGAACGCGCUUGCCAGUCAUGUUGAGAAGAUGAUCGCUGAAAAUGGAUCGGGACCGACCAUGAAACCGGCGACUGACGACUGGGUCAAAACAGCUCUCGGCUCUAUAGAGGAAGCUAGAAGCGCGCAGCAGAAGAUUUCCGAAGAAAAGCAAAGUCUGAGAAAUGAGAUCAAGGCGUUCAAGAAUGCUAUCCGAGAGCGUAAGGAUGAGAUCAUGUUUAUCCAGUAUCAGAUUGAAGACGAUGAGGAUGAGGUCAAACGCCUGCGGGACAACCUUAGAGAAAAGGAAGUACUGACACCUUACCUGGCUACCUUCGAGAAAGUUGUCGGGCUCGUUGCGGUGAACAAGGAGGACAUUGAAGGCUACACCCGCGUUAUUGCCGCUUUGAUGGAUGCACUUGGAUCACUCACUUCUUGAAUUUUUGAUAUCUACAGCUUGAGUCUGGGAAGCUUGGAGUAUGCGGAGAAAGUGAUAGGAUGUGGAUUACAAACGGGCAAUGGAUGUAUCUAGUGAGAGAAGAUAUUCAAUUGAAGCCAAGGAAUUCUUGAUCUAUUCCAAUAAGCA